GAAGAGCAAGGAAGAGAAGAGAAGAGAAGAGAAGAGAAGAGACAGAGCAGAGAAGAGCAGAGCAGAGCAGAGCAGAGCAGAGCAGAGCAGAGCAGAGCAGAGCAGAGCAGUUGAGUUUCGCGUCACCACGUAUUGUUUGUGUACACAUAGUGGUAUACAAGACUUUUGAAAUACCCAAUUGUUAAAUAUUGCUCGAGUAGGGAUAAAUCGCCCAAAAUGGAUCCAUUUACUGAGAAACUGUUGGAGCGGACUCGGGCUCGUAGAGAGAACCUGCAGAAGAAAAUGGCAGAGAGACCAAAUGUAGCAAACAGACAGAUGGUCAAAAGGCCCAGAGAGCCACUGGCUGACACCAAUGGUACGAUCAGUGGGCCAGUCAUUGAUAAAGUUCCACAGGUGUCCUCUAAGCCAUCUCCCUCUAAACGCCGGUGCUCAGGGGAAAAUGUCCAGCCUGCAGAUGGUGAGGAGAACCAAGAGCUGAUGAUUCAACCUGUGGCCCUUAUGCUCUCGGAUCCUCCAACAGACAAGAAACCUCCAGUGGGACCAGGCAGCAGACUUUCCUCCUCCCUGGAGAAGACUGCUACUCGGCCUGCUGUCCAAUCUCAGCCAGGGCAUCUGAAAACUGUACAGCCAGAUUCCGAGGAGAUAGCUGUCACCCCUUCUCCUGUUAAUCUGAACAGCAGAGAAGCAGAGAUGGACAGCAGUUCAACCCCCCAGAGGACCAAGGAGGACCAGGUGGAAGAUCCAGUUCCAUGUGCUGCUGGCAUGAAGUCACGUCUCCAGAGGCUAGCUGAGCAAAGAAAAUGUUGGGAUGGCGAUAGCACCCCUGAUGCAGUUCCAGACUCUACUUCCCUGUCCUCCUUGAAGAGACAAGCUGAAGACCCACCAGCUGUUGUCCGCUCCGUGUCCUCAGAAACUCCACUGGGGAGGAGAGGCAGACUGGCUUAUCUUGCUGCCACCAUUGGAUCCUGGGAAGAUGACCUAAGCCAUGCUAAUAUCAUCAAAGAUGCCACUGUGCCUGCCAACACUAAGCCAAGAUCUGCUGAAGGCCAUGUGAUGCCCAAUUCAACUGCAAGCACUGAGUUCACGUCCAGCUCUAACCAGGCUGUGUAUUUUCCUGUCAAGUCUAGCCAAACGGUUUUCCCAGGCCCUCAGAAAGCUCACAUCCCUGCGACCAGACCAGCACUUCAGUCAGUUACCAUUCCUCAGAAGAGUACCAACCAGGGGAUGACCUUGCCCUCUAGUCCUCAGAAGAGCUUCAACCAUGGAACAUCCUUCCCAUCCAGUCCAAAAAAGACCGGCCACUCCCCCUCAACAUCUGUGCCUCAAAGCCCCCUGAAGAAUAAGGUCCUCUCCCAGGGUCUCAACCUCACUGCCAGCCCCCACAGGCUUGGCACAGAGUUCUGUUCCAAGCCUGUCAUUGUUGGCUCCACUGUCCCCCAGGAAAAUGCCACUGCUGGUGGUCUAGGUGUAAAAUCUUUCCUGGAGCGCUUUGGAGAGAGGUGCCAGGAGCGUACCAACCAGAGUUCUCCAGCAGGGUGCACAGUCCAGGCCAAGACUCCCACUGCAACUCCAUCAGCCACACCAGACACCAGACUGGUACAGGAAAGACUCAGAGCUGCCCAGGCUGCAAGCACAACUACUGCAGAUCUCACCCAAAGACAGAAGAUGGAGCGUGAGUCUGAGCUGGCUCAGAUUCGCAGUCGCUUCCAGAAGGGAACCAAUAUAUGGAAAAACAAAGAUGAAGCAACAGAAACCAAAGGAAAGCUGCAUAUUAAGGAACAACUUGUCAAGCCGGUAGAGAGUGAAGGUGCCUUAUGUGAGCCACAAAAUGAACCCAAAGCACUGUCUACGGAGAAAACAGAUGCACCCACCAUGUUCACUCCCCCAGCAGGUUAUGGGCUGGUGGUCUCGCCUCCAGCACUGACAUCCAGUCCUCUGAGGGUUGUUGCCCAUACUGUAGAGAAACCAACUUUUGAGACAGCAGAAAAGGAGGAGACGGUCACAGAGAUAGAAAAGAAUAUGGACGAGUCCUUCAACUCUGCAGCUAUCAGCAACCUGUUUGAUGCAGUCCUGGAGGAGAGUGAAGAUCAGGAUGAGGAUGAGGAGGAAGAUGCUUUGAAUAUCUCCUCCAUGUCCCUCCUCACUCCACUGGCAGAGACUGUGGCUGCCGUGGUGAGGAAUCCAGAAAGGACAAUGAUGACGUCAACUCCAGCCAGUUCAUUCAUUAUGAAGAAAAAGACUCCAGAUGAUGUUUCGAAACAUAGCAAGUUCCAAAGAACUAACAUGAUACCGACCGCCUCCCCAGGCAGUGUUGAGGCCUCAGAUGAGGACCAUAAACUGCCCUAUAGCAUUGAUGCAUACAGGUCCACCAGAGUGAAGGAGACUGAGAGACCCAAUGUGAAACAGGUUAUUGUGAGAAAAGAGGAUGUUUCUCACAGAGCAGAAGAGCCCAAAGUAUCCAGUCUCUUCAGUAUCAAACAGAAGAUGAAGAUUUUGACGAAUGAGAUAAAUCUGCAGCAGACAAUUAUUCAUCAGGCCAGUCAAGCACUCAACUGCUGCACAGAUGAGGAGCACGGCAAAGGUUCCCAGGUGGAGGCAGAGGCAGAGAGGCUUUUGCUGGUGGCAAUGGAGAGGAGGGAGGCAUUGAAGGCAGAGCUCGACCAUCUGAAAGGAGAUCCAGCAGGACAGAAAAAGGUCAAUGCGGCCAUAGAACUCACCAGCAUGUCUGCCUCCAAGGGCUCCAUCACCCUGCAGGAUUUACGCCUGCCUCUCAAGGCAGACUUUGUUUGCUCCACUGCCAACAAGCCAGAGUCAACCAAACAUUCUUUCUUCAUUAUGAUUCGGGCUGGAGCAGAAAAUACUGUGGCAACUCCAUUGGCCAGCACACACCGUGGCCUCAGUGGAGACACCCUCACCUUCACUACAAAGUUCACCAUAUCUGAUGUCUCCAGUGACUUUGUAAUUGAUAUUGAGGUCUAUUGCCUGGUGCAGAAAAGUGAGGUCUGCAGUGACAAGAAGAAGAAACCCAUCAAAUCAAAGGCUAUCACUCCAAAGAGAUUCCUCGGCAUCACUAAAAGUGGACAGACGCCAGUUGUGGCCAGUCCAGGAGGCCCCAAUGCUGUUCGCACCAGUAACUUCAUCCUGGUUGGAUCACACAAGCUCACUCUGUGCUCCAUUGGGAAAAAUAAAUUUCCAUUAGAGAAGAUCAAAUAUGAAGGAUGUGAAAGAGAACUACUCAGUGGCAUGUUUCAUACCAAGGUGCCGUUCUUGUGCCCUCUGGAGGGCCACAUCUAUCUCAAGAUGCAGUGUGACGUUGACUCAAAGGUGGAGGAGAGGGGCUUCUUGACGAUGUUUGAAGAUGUUAGUGGAUUUGGAGCCUGGCACAGGAGGUGGUGUGCCCUAUCAGGGUACUAUAUCUCCUACUGGACCUACCCAGAUGAUGAGAAGUGCAAGAAUCCCAUUGGACGCAUCAACCUGGUUAAUUGCAUCACUAAGAAAGUGGAACCAGCCAACAGAGAGUUUUGUGCCAGACCAAACACAUUUGAGCUUAUCACAGUCAGACCACAAAGAGAAGAUGACAAAGAGACACUAGUCAGUCAGUGCAAGAAUACAAUGUGUGUAACCAAAAACUGGCUGAGUGCUGACACUAAGGACGAAAGGAAUCUGUGGAUGAAAAGACUAACCCAGAUACUGUUGGAUCUGCGUAUGUGGCAACCAGAUGCCUGUUACAGGCCAGUGUAAUUACUGCACUUUGUCGAAACCAACCCUUUUAUCUUUUGGACUGUCAGUAUCAUGCACAUGCAAUUACUAAGUGCAAUACAGUAUGAGAAUUGUUUAAUAUUUUUACUUUUGGAUAUUUUACAGGAGAUACAUAAUCAAACACAUAAGUUAUAGAUCAGAGGAAAGUAUAUAAAGCCAUACAUUUGAAACAUUUCAGUACAGUAUUUUGUGAAGGAGUCUGGGGUUGGCACUAUAUUUUAUACAUUUAUACAUUGAUUUGAUACUCAUUUUUUGGGUAAUGUUGAGUUGCCAACUUUUUAUGUUAAUGCCAGUACUUAUUGUGCUUGGCAUGUUAUGCAUGGCUUUAACUUAUUUGGUUUCAUUGCAGAAAUCAAUAUAUACAUGGUGCUGAAAAUACAGAUGAAUACUAAUUUGAGGCACCACUGUUUUAUCACUGAAUUUAUGCUCUAUAUUUUAUCCUGCAUGACAGCACAGAACAAUGCUCAUAAUUUUGGUAAGGUUUCACUUUAUAUAUCACCUUUUUUAACUUGUGGGAGGACUUUCAAAGGUUUUUUCUUCAUUGCCAUUCAUAGACUUUGAUACCUUUAUUCACCAGCUAUCAUUCUAUUUGCAAUGUUUGAUCAAUGUUUAUGUAAUUGUUUCAGUGUGGAAGUUUUGGAUAACUCUGGAUGAGAUCUGUUACAUAUUCUGCGCUAGAUCCCGACAUACAGUAAUUUGAGUCCGAAAACAAUACUGAUAUUUGACAGUUUAAAAUAAUCAGAAGAUAUAACCAUAACAACAUUUUUGACACUUUUCUCUGAUGGAAUAAACUAUGUAACAGCGACAGUUUUUGUAAAUGACCUUAAACACAUAUUUAGCUUAUAGUUUGGCAGUUUAUUACUUAUCGACCAACAUAUACAAUGAUUCUGCUAAAAGAUAUCAGCCUUUACUCCAUUUCUAAUGUAAAAAAAAAACAUAUGAAGGCAACAGCAUAUUUUGUUUUCUAAGUUAGACUCCUUGUGUUGCUUAUGGAGAGUAUGAAACAGUCUUUACAGUGACCAUGAAGAAUAGGAGUGAGCUCCUCUUCAAUUGGCCAGGUAUAUGUGGAUCAAUGAGACUUCAAUAAAUUCCUUCUCUGACCAAAAUGGA